CCUCCAAAAUGAAAAUGAAAGUGUAGCUUCAACUGAACAACUGCUGUUACUGCUGCUGUUGCUGCUGCCUGGGGAACGAUCAUGGAUUUGAUCUUAAAUAAACUUAUAUGCUUGUAUUUAUGCGCAGGUGUCCUGUGUGCUCAUCAGAUGUCAUGGCUGCCCUGUCAGUUCAUCGAUGAGAUGGUGCAUAUUAAUAACGAGGGUCAUGUUGAGACUCAGCUCUUACACAGAGAGGCUAUGCUGCAGUUUGGGAAAAAAGAAGACGCUCCUGUUAACCCACAUGCUAUCACUUUCCUUGUCACUGGAUCUAAGUUGGACCUGCGGCGGUAUGCAGAGGGAGUGGAGGCAGAGCAGUUGGAGUGUGAAUUGCGUAGGUACAGUACACAGGGCAUCCAUGUCCGCUGGCCUGUCAAGGGGGCACAAGAGUACAGCCGCUGGUACAGCUGCACCGUUAAACACGGCAAAGGCCUGUUUGUCAUCACUGGCUUUCUCAGACAGUCGACUGACCAAGCUCCCUCUGGAGAGCAGGACUAUCGCAGCUGGCCUGCCAUCACGGACAGAGAGGUGCUCGCAACAACAGUGGCCAUGGUCAUUAAAACACAGACUCCAUCAUUGAAAGUAGGUCUGCGAUCCCAACCAAAGCUUCACUGCCAGUUUGCUCUGGACCACAAAGCACCGGACAUCACUGUGGAGUGGCACUCACGACGACGCGGGGAGAGAACCGCACUCUUCAGCUAUCACAGCCGCUCAGGCCAGACAAAGGGCAGUGGGGUUGGGCUGAAGAAACUUGCAGACGGUGACGCUUCCUAUACGCUCCCUUUCGCCAAGAUGAGCAGUGAGGGGACCUACAUUUGUUCAGUGUCAGUGAAUCCUCUGUUCUUCAAUAUGGAUAUAAGUCUGAACAUCGAAGAGCGUCCCCGUGUCUCCAUCAACGUUGGACCCGCUCUCCUGCUGCAGAGGGGCGAGGAGCAGAAGGUUGUCUGUACAGCAGAGGGCUAUUACCCUCUGGAUGUGGAGAUAGUUUGGUACGAGCAGGACCCAGAUGCGUCACGCCAGAGGGUCGGAGUGCCUCUGCCCAAGGUGCUCAACAACGUCCUGAUGUCAAGCCACAAACACGACCUGGACAUGACCUACUCCCUGUCGGCUUUCUUCUACCUGGAGACGUCACACCGGGAUCCUGGGAGAAGAGAGUUCACCUGCAGCGUCUCUCAUCAGUCCCUGCGAGUGCCCAUCAAAAAGAGCUUCAUCCUGACUGUUGAAGAACCAAGCAGCUGGCAGUUUAACCUUGUUCUUGGUACCACCAUGAUUACACUGCUGGGCAUUCUUUGUGUAAUGCUGCUGUACCUGAACUCAGGGAGAAAGAAAUCAGCGCAGAAAAAGCCUUACUGAGAAUCCUCAGUGGUCUGAAGAUAAUCAGUGAAUGCAGAUGGGCUCAGUCACUCACUCAGUCAUGACAUGAAUGUUUGAACUGUGUUUCUUUUAAAGGUGAAUCGGGGUUUCUAUGAAACAGUUGUUUUGAAUUCCACUCAGGUUUAAGUAAGUAUUUGGUCGUUAGUGGAGCAGGUGAUGAUGUACUACCUAGUUUUGACUCGUAGUAAUUGAGCGUCACUCUUUUUUGUAAAGUGCGUCUGUCAUGCUCACCCACAGGCAAAAUGACAUCCACACUGCAGGUUUCACUCAGUUCAGGUUUGUCUUAAAUUGUAAUGAAAUACUCUAAAGCAAUGAAGAGGAAGGCUACAUGAAUGUAAAGAAUUUGACAUUCAAAAUGUAUUUAUUAAAAAAUAAAAAAUGUAAUUAGUUCUGAAUGAAGCAUGUAGUAAACACCUGACUGGACUUUCAAUAACCUUCCAUAUACCACUGUAACCCUGGUUACUGUUAGAUUUACACUUCACUGUGUUGUUGGGACUAGUUAUUGAAGAGGGGAACCAUAGAGGGUUUUUCUUUAUUGGGAAGAGGCUGUCUGUUCGUGAAGGAAUACACCUGUGGUUAGGAAGGGAGUUCAGCAAGCGAUGAGCGGUGGGUUAACCACCCUGUUUUGUUUUCCAUGGGGACACCUCAACCUCGGGUUGACCUUUUGCUGCAGCAAGGAAAUAAAUCUGGCUCAGUUGAGCUACAAAGUGCA